AUGGGCCCGCCGCAAAAUGUUAAGCAGGGGUCUCCGCUCAACAUACAUACGGUUGAGUUUGUUGGUGAUAAGGGAGUUGAAGAACUCAUUAGUAAGAUAAGUGUAAAUUAUGAAGAGUGUACUAAGUAUGAUGCGUAUAUGACACAGGAUGACGCGGAAGAAGAGGAGGCGGAGGAGGAGAAGGAAUAUGUUGGGGUGGGCGGAAUUUUCCAACAUGAAAAAGUGAGCAAUAGGACUAAUAUGGCAAGUACAGAAAAGUUGGGGAAAAAUAAAAGUGCUAAUUCGAAUAGUCGCGAGAAUGGGCAGGCUCAUAAAGGGUCCAAUAACGCUGUGGUAGACAACCUCAGAGAUGUUAUUUUUAAAAAAAAAAUGACUCACGAUAAGCAGAGUGGGAAGGAGAAAGGUUUUGGCAAGCCCGGUCGGAAUGUUUUCACCAAUUUGAAUGUUAGGAAGAAACGCAUAAUGGAGAGCAGCGAGGAUUCAGAUGAGAAUUCCCACUGCGUGAAAAAAAUUAUUGACUACGUUAAGAAGAAAAAGCAGCGCAAGGGAUGA